UGUAUGUCUCGAGCAGCUUUCUUGCCAUGUGCAUUUGCCCACAGCAUGAGCUCAUGGAUCGUCGCUUGUCGAUGGGACUCUUAUAUCUUCCCCCGUGGAAAACGUGUGUGACGUGCGUGGCAGCUUGACCAUCGAGGUUCCCACUCUUGUACCCAUCAACGGCCAUCACGGGAUCGAGACUUCCCCUCUCCACUACAUUUUUCAUGCCGUGACUUCCUCCCUUCUCCUUGCUGUUUCCAUGACCUCUUUGUCUUCUCACACAAGGUCUGCUUGUUGAAAUAGCCACGAUAACGAUACUUCCGACCGUUUGAUUUUGUACGUUUCACCUACUACCUCUGACAACGCAACUCGGAAACAUCAGCGGAUAUAUAUAGCAUUUUCUUUCCCAACACUCAGCCGCUGGUAUCCCGCUCAUAAUCAGCGCGGGAUACGACCUGUCGAUCGUUUGGCAUUUGAUACCCCGUUUUAUUUUUAGCUGGCUUCUAAUCGUCCAAGACGUACUUAGCAGCUACCACGCAAUAUGAAGUUUGGGAAAAAUCUUCCAAGAAACCAAGUCCCCGAGUGGGCAGGCUCUUAUAUCGACUACAAGCGCCUUAAGAAACUCAUAAAAACAGCAGCCGACACAGCUGCCCACAAUGGGGAUCAAGUCGACUUGGCUGAGUUUCUGUUUGCCCUCGACCGCGAAGUAGAGUGCGUUGACCAGUUCUACACAAGGAAGCUCCACGAGAACCAGCGACGACUGCAAGCCAUCACAGACAGAUACGGACCAACACCUCGCGAUGCCGCUAACAUCGACGAGGAGGAGCUCGAGGAUCUGAUAGGAGCUUUACUCGAAAUCAGAAACCAACUGAGGAAUCUACAGUGGUUCGGAGAGAUCAACCGUCGAGGCUUUGUUAAAAUCACAAAGAAGCUGGACAAGAAGGUUCACACGUCGGAUAUCCAGGAGAGGUACAUCUCUACCAGGGUCGACGUUCUACCGUUUGCCACAAAUCUUGACACCAGCCAGGAGCUUCAGACAGUCAACACGUGGCUUUCGGUGCUCAAUGAAUCCAAGAACACCAAUGACGCCAAAUCCGACCGCUCAACACGGUCUUACGGGCGACCCACGAAACUGGACGUCGAUACGUCAGUGCUCAACGCACUAGACCAAGCCGUCCGGCAAGAUAAUCUAGAUGCAUUGACGACCGGGUUAGCUGCUGCAAAUCUCGCAAAACAAGAUCAAACCGACGCUUUCCAAAACCUCCUGCGCAGCCUCCUGCAGCGCGCCAUCUCGGCCCGGUCGAAAAAGGUCAUUCCUGUGCUUCUGGAAAGGAUUUCGGACCUUGAUGAUCCCGACGACAUCAAUGGGCGGAAUUGUAUCCACAGGCUGGUCACUCAUAUUGGCCGGACCAAGACCGUUUCUUCCAGAAGCGUGGAGGAGGUGAAGCCGGAUCCUCACUUGAACGCAUACCCUUUUCCGCCGGGGGUUCAAUACGCCCAAAAUUAUCUUACCCCAGCGACGUCUCCUCUCGCCACACCACGGGUGUCUGCUCUCAAGGAGACGGCCGGUCUCUUGGGCAAGGAUGACGAGGCUGUGCAGAUGCUCAUGUACCUUUUGGACAAUCUCAAGCCAGCACAAAGGGUGGCUUUGAAGGUGAAGGAUAACUUUGGACGCAUUCCACUGCAUUACGCCGCUCAGUUUGGCUUUGUGGUGGUGUGUCAGAUUUUGAUGAAGAAGAUGCAGGAGUGGGGCAUGUUUGAUGUCGAAAACGGAAUCGACGCCCCUGAAUGGCAGGACAAGAACGGAGAAGCACCUCUGCAUCUCAGCGUCCUUGGUGGUCACGCUCUUACGACCAAGGCACUGCUUCAAGGGGAGAAUUGGCAAGGUGUCAGUGAUAACAAGGCGGAGAUGAGACGGGCCAUCUCAAAGUCGAGUGCUGUGUUGGCUAUUGCCACCAAGGCGAACUUUGAGCAUAUUGUCGAGAUGUUGGUGCAUGCGGGGGUUGACAUCAACUGGCAGGAUAAGACGGGGGAGACGGCGUUGCAUAUUGCCGCGAGGUUUGGGCAUGAUGAGUGUGCGAAGGUGUUGUUAGAGGGGACAGCGGAUCAAAAGGCGGAUUUUGAGUUGACGGAGAAGGCUUUUGCUUGGACGCCGCUGCAUAUUGCGGCGGUGGAUGGGCAUUUGUCUGUGGUUAAGCUGUUGGUGGAAGCCGGGGCUGAGGUGGACAAGCCGGAUUCCUCGGGUUGGACGGCGAGGGAACAUGCUGCUUUGAGAGGACAUAUGCCUAUUGCUCACUUUCUUGCUGCUCAGAGCAAGGAGGGAGAGGACACGGCUAGCAAUACUUCUGAUGACGAGAAGUCGGUGACGGAUAAUGCGGCUGUGCCUGACAAGGCGUCGUUCCAGGAGAGACGAUCGAAGGGCUCUGCGCGCAAGGCGGAGCCGGUCAAGUCAUUUGGUCAUCGGUAUCUCAAGGAUGAGAGUCUGGUGCUGGUUAGCUUGGGCUCGAUGGACAUGCGGAAGAAUCUUGAGGCGGUAAAGCUGGACAAUAUUCCGCUUUCGAAAGCACACACGACGGAGUUGGACACCACGUUGUCGAUUGUAGUGUCGGCGCAAGGGGCUCAGGGCGAGCCAACUAUGUUUGACUUGCCUGUUCACGACAACAUCUCUACCGAGCCUGUCGUUUUUACUACGGUUGACGCCAGCAAGGUCAAGCUGUUUUUCGAUAUUGUUCCUACCUACUCUGGGAACAACGAGAAUAAGGUCGGCCGUGGUGUUGCCCUGCUCUCGAGCGUUCGACCUACUAUUGGGACCAAGAGGAUGAAUCUUCAGGGUGAUGUCUGUGUGCCCAUCAUGGGUGCCAAUUUUGAGGUCAUUGGCAGCGUCAACUUUAACUUUUUGGUCAUCACGCCAUUCUCACACCCUAGCAUGGAGGUCACUUCUGAGCACACCUACUGGAAGAAGUUGGCCUCGACCAUGGUCAUUGGCCACCGCGGCCUGGGCAAGAAUAUGACGUCCAGCCGCUCCCUCCAGCUGGGCGAGAACACCGUCUCCUCCUUUAUUGCAGCGGCCAACCUCGGCGCUAACUAUGUCGAGUUUGACGUCCAGCUCACCAAGGACCACGUCCCGGUUAUCUACCACGACUUUUUGGUCAGCGAGACCGGGUUUGACGCGCCGGUUCACACUUUGACUCUGGAGCAAUUCUUGCACAUCAACCCGGACAAGUCGAGGACUAUUCAGGGGAAUAAUGGGACGUCGCCUUUUUCGUAUGCCGUUCCGGAGAACAAGCUGCUCGAGAAGACGAGGCGGAGCAACUCGCCCGGUCCGAGGCAGAGGUCCAUGUCGAUGGACUGGCCGGAUCAUAACAGGCAACAUCGCCUGUCCAAGCAGGAGAUGGAAGAGAGGAUGAAACACACAAGGGAUUUCAAAGAGAAGGGCUUCAAGGCCAACUCGCGCGGGAACUUCAUCCAGGCGCCGUUUGCGACGCUGGAGGACCUGUUUGUGAAGCUGCCGCAGAGCGUGGGGUUCAACAUCGAGAUGAAGUACCCGAUGCUUCACGAGAGCGAGGAGCACGAGAUGGACACGUACGCGGUCGAGCUGAACUCGUUUUGCGACACGGUGCUGCAAAAGGUGUACGACAUGACUGCCAACCCGCACCAGAGGAGGAAUAUCAUUUUUUCGAGCUUCAACCCGGAUAUUUGUCUCUGUUUGAGUUUUAAGCAGCCGAAUAUACCGAUUUUGUUUUUGACGGAUGCGGGGACGUGUCCGGUGGGGGAUAUCAGGGCGAGUAGUCUGCAGGAGGCGAUUAGGUUUGCGAGCAGGUGGAAUUUGCUGGGGAUUGUGAGCAAUGCGGAGCCGUUUGUGAAUAGUCCGAGGUUGGUGAGGGUGGUGAAGGGGGCGGGGUUGGUUUGUGUUAGUUAUGGGAGGGAGAAUAACGAGCCGGGGUUGGUGAGGAGGCAGGUUAGGGAGGGGGUGGAUGCUGUUAUUGUUGAUAGUGUGCUGGCUAUUAGACGGGGAUUACUGACGCAGGAUGGGGGGGGUGAGGGCAAGGGGAAGAAGAAUGGGGUUGAGGAUAGGGUUGAGGAGGUGAGGGAGAGGGUUGGGAAGCAGGUGUUGAACGGGAAUGGGAAUGGGAAUGGGUUUGGAGGAGGGGAUAUUGGGUAUAGUUCUUGA